AUGAGCCGAUUGAAGCGGAAAGAAGGAAUACUGCUAGGAGUUCCACUACCGUUACCAUACAAAAUAGAGGCACAACAGGCACCAGGAAAAUCGCAGCCAGAACAAAAUCUCACGCAGCUGAAGAUUGCAUAUAGUGAAGCAAGCGAUGAGAAGGGUACCAUAGAUCAGUCUUUGAAACGAAUAUUGGUCGGUAGACUUCGAAAGAAUAAUAGAGUGCUGCUGCUGGAGUCACAUGACCACAACCUGAGCCAGUACUACCAUGGCCAGAACCAGAACCAGUACCAGUACCAGGACGGGGGUCCCGAUCUCGAGUAUGUAGACAGACAAUACGGCGGUCGUAGUGCCAGUGGUAGUAGCCACGCCAACGGAUCCGUCAAUUCUGUUCUGAACAGGCUAAAAACAGCAGAAUUGAUUUCCAAAUUUCACCGUCUUCGCUCCAAAAUAGACUUGAUCGAGUCAACCGUCAAGUCUGGAGACAGGGUGGUGCUGCAUAGUAUUGAGGGUCAAAUAGACACCCUUAAUCAAGAACUAGAUCUUCUUAGCCAGCAAUUGAUGUCAGCAGAAGUGGAUGUUUCAACCUUAAACGAGCCCUCAGUGCUCGAAGAACUCGAUAGAAUAAGAAGCGAGCUGAACAAGACGACUCAGCUGCAGCCCCAGUUAGGAAUACUGGGACUAUGGAAGUCCCACUUAGCACCGAUUCUUCAGUUCCCUGGUCAACUUCUGAACACACUUAAGGUGAUUUCGCUUCAGCGGUUCAUCAUCUCCUUAACAAUCAUCCUCUUCAUCUUCUUCACGUCGUCGUACUACGUAUCGAACCUAACGUACGAGUACUGUUACUACUACUGUUAA